GGAAUCUCAUCCCGUUGAUCAGCUGGUGAAACAAACAGAACAGACAUAAAGAUGAACAGAAUUUAGUCUACUUUUAUCUUAAUUUUUACUCAUGAUAUUAAUUUUUUCAAAUAUAUUUACACUCAAUCCACAUGGACUCAACUACAUCAUUGUCAAAGGGUUGUUUUGCGUUUGUUCCAAAAUCGUCAAAAGUCAAGAAGAAGAAAAGGAGUUCUCAAAAGGAUGAGUUUGAAGAUUUUUAUUCAAUUCCUCAAGUUUCGGUUUAUUCCUCAGUUAUUAAUUGCAUAGAGGAAAAACUUAAAACAAUAAACAAUAACGCGUCGGAUGAAGUGCUUCAAGACCUGGUGAAGUUCAUCUCCAGUUGCCCUAAUGCAGAUUUUGCCAUCCCUACAGCAGUCCUGCUUACAGGUAUUAACCUGCCGGACCAUCGAGUACUUUUUCAAGCAUUUGCUGACAGAUUGCGUGAUGAAGUAACACCACACGUGUCAGUGUUGCUGUCCAGCGAAUGUUCAACUGUGAAAAAUACAAUAGAACAACUGACCUCGCAGUUCCUCAGAUGUUCUACAGCUUCACUGGACCCCCAGGUUGAACUUGAGGACAGCGACAGUGAAGAGGAAGAUGUGUUUGAUGAAGUGAAGCGCUCCCAAUGCACGAUGCCAAAUCUGGUAACGUGGUACGAAAAGCAGACAAAACUAACCACCAGUCCUAAAAAACGUAAAACUCGGUCUUCCACUGGAAAACUUGUCGUUGUAAUUCCAGAUUUUGAAGGAUUCUCCACAAAAGUACUCCAAGAUGUCAUAUUGAUAUUGAGUGGGUAUCUGGACCGUUUGCCAUUGGUCCUGGUGUUCGGAGUGGCAACAUCAGUAAAAGCCUUGCAGAGUAGUUUGCCUCACCGGAUCACCUCCCGGAUGGAUGUUCGAAUGUUUCAGUCCAGGCAGUCAGUCCACUUCCUCAACAGUACUAUUAACGAGGUAUUUCUAUCCUGGAAAAAACCUUCUAUAUGUCCAUUUCUUCUUGGACCAAAAAUGUUCAAAUUUCUCACUGAUGUAUUCAUAUUCUAUGACUUCUCUGUGCAUGGAUUCAUUCAAGGAGUAAAGUACUGUCUGAUGGAACAUUUUUACAAUAAUCCACUGAGCAAACUGUGUUGUCCAAGAGAACAACUUCCCCAAGCCAUAAAAGAGUUGGAUAAAGAGGAUCUGUCGUAUGUUGAAGAAAAUCAAGAAUUUCGUUCAUAUCUGGAAAAACUUCCCAAAAGCAAACUGGAACAAAUUCUACAGAGUGACAAACCAUUUAAGGACACUAUCUUGACUCUGAUGGAAGAUCUUCAGGAUCACAAGGACAAUCUACUAGUAGCAGUUUGGCUCCUGCAUUCUUUAAUCCACGAUCUUCCUGAGGCUCCUCUUGGCAAGCAGGUGAGAGAAAUAUACAUAGAGGUGAUGUCCGGCCCAAUUGUACAGCACCCCAAAUUUGAAAACUGCUUUAAACUGCUUAACUUGAUGUCAAAGCAAGAGCUUCUUCAAAAAAUAGAUGAGAUGAAUCAAAUUCUGGAGGAAUCUGAGUGCCUGACUGAAGUUCAAGAUGAACUCAUGGACCUGCGAAGAGGUAUUGAGAGUGCUGGCCAAAACAUGCGCAGUCCCACAAAAAGCCCAACUAAAAAUAGAGCAAUCACCAUGUGUAAAGAUAGGAAAGGUCUUCGUGAGCAACUCCUAACUCCAAAUGUAAGGAUAGAGAAUGAAUUUGAACAAGCACGAUCUAAACUAUUAAAUUACUUGAGGAAAAAUGUUUUUCAAAAAUAUCUGGUCUCACCCUCUUCAUUGCCACUGCAUGAGGUGUUCCUAAUCGACAAUGUGUCCACCAAGAGACACAUAGUUGGAGCACCCCGGGCUGCCAUACACACUGCUCUGCAUAACCCUCACCAUUACUUGCAGUGUGACUGCUGCAAAAUGUCCAGUGAUGGGGAGAUUCUCCAUACGAUGCCAGAUGUUUGUAUUGUCUACAAGCUGCAUCUGGAGAGUGGAGCUCUCAUCAAUAUGUACGAUUGGCUACAGUCAUUUGUGACAAUUGUGUCACCAGAGGACAGCGACAGAGAUGACAGGAAAGUGGACCCUGGCCUACAAGCACGAUUCACAAGGGCCGUCUCUGAACUCCAAUUCCUAGGUUUCGUCAAAGCCUCCAAGAAGAAGACUGAUCAUGUUGCCAGGCUCACUUGGGGCAGAACAUGCUAGUACAACUUACUAUUUUAUAUGUAUUUAUUAUUUUGUUACUUGCUUUUAGGUAUAAAAAUAAAAGUUUUAACAUUGA